AUGGACGGAGAAAACCAGCGGCUUUAUGAGGGAGGGGAGGGAAAGAGAUGUAGGAUAAACGGAUGGGAGGUGUCAGAGGUCAGACCUUUAGGGAGAAGUUUCCUCACCCUGCAGCUGACUACACUGCAAACCAUUUAUGAUAGAACCCUGGAGAAUCGGAAACCCAUGGUUCUCAAACUGUGGCAGCUGAUUCAGACAGUUUUGAUGGAGGGAUUGUCCAAAAUCUGCCAGCCAGUCGAACAGAAGAAUCCUGGAGACCAGAAGGAUGGAGACAAGAUCCAGGUUGAAAAGCGUCCAGCAAACCAGGAAACCACAGAAGAAGCUCUAACAGACCAAAAAGCCAUGGCGGGCGAAGCUCUGGACAGGAGGAACAUCUGGGAACCGAGUGUUUACUACUCGCUGGGGAAGGAGUCCUUUUAUUUUGCCGGUCAUGACAUCAGCAUCCGCGAGUCUAUAGAUACUUACGGUGCCCUGAUCUGGCCUGGGGCAGUGGCUUUGUGCCAGUUCUUGGAGAAUAACCAGAGACAAGUGAACCUGAUGGACAAAGCCGUGCUGGAGAUCGGAGCCGGCACUGGACUACUCUCCAUAGUAGCGAGUCUGCUCGGAGCUUGGGUGACGGCCACUGACCUGCCAGACAUCUUGUCUAAUCUGACCUUUAACCUCCUGCGAAACACCAAAGGCCGCUCCCGGUACAAGCCUCAGGUGGCUGCCCUCGCCUGGGGUCAGGACCUGGAGCGUGAUUUCCCUUAUCCGUCCUACCACUACGACUACGUGCUGGCAGCUGACGUGGUCUAUCACCACAACAGUCUGGAGGAUCUGCUGGAGACCAUGCAUCACUUCUGCCGACCAGGGAGUCGAACGACGCUGCUGUGGGCCAACAAGAUCCGGUUUCAGUCGGACAUGAGGUUCACAGAGUGCUUCACAAGCGGGUUUGACUCCACGCUGCUCAUGGAGCUUCCACAGCAGGAGGUGAGGAUAUACAAGGCCAAAGCCAAAGAGUGAGGGGCGUGAGUGGGCGGAGUUUCUUUCAAAAGUUCUUUGUUGUGUUUUAAAAACUGUUCAAGAAAACAGGAAAUUGCAUCUCCUCUCUGUGAUUUGAAUCUGUUCUCAUCUGUGUUUACAAGACAUUCCUAGAUAGCGCUGUGCUUGUUGUUCCACAGAAAGCAAAGAGUUCCUCACUCAGAUUCCAUUUUAAUAAGCCUUUUUUUAUUCACCAGUACUUUUUCCAUACACUUGUUUCUGAUUCUGACUUCAUUCACAACUUUUGUUCCACACUUUGUUUUCAAAAAUAAACUGAUAUUAUUGUAAA